AAAAUUCAAUGUUUAAUCCAUUCUCUCUGCAAAAUGGUUCAGUACUAAAAAAAUUAUUCUCAUUGUGGUAGCUCAGAAAAUGUAUAGUUCAUUUGUCAUCUUAGCAUGGACAUUAGCUUAAUCACCUCCAAUGUGCCACAUAUGUCGGCUUAGUUUCCGUGUAGGCACCUUUACCAGGGCUGUUACUUAAAGUUGUGUUGUCAGCGUAAAGUGAAAGAAGCACUCAGUUUAUUAUUUUUCUUCAACAGAAACGGGUCAGUGAAAGCAAAUGUACAAGCCGGUGAUAUGCGCACGUGUAAGCUGCAAGCCUAGAUGCACCCUGAUGCAGUCCGUCUGCCAAAGUCGAGCUUGUGGAGAUUGAGGUAUGCCCCGGCACCAUUGCCUGGGCAUUCACCUGUUCUGUCGUCCCUACGCCUCUCCCCUUUUCCACUCGCGACAGUUGUCAGAGGUGGCGUCACAGUGUAGCUGCUCCUGGUGUUAACAGCGCAAAACAUAGAAGGGACACGAGACAAGAAGACGACACCACGAGCGCUGUGGUGUCUUUGCGUCUCAUGUCCCUUCAACGUUUUUUUGUUAACACCAGGAUGGAAAACCAACAAGCCCAAGCUGCUAUUCCAGGGGUAGCCGCUGUCGGCUGCUCGCAACGGGAGCACGGUUCUCAUCUCUCUGGGACCAGCACUGGCGCGGCCGUCAUCGACAGCAGCCUUGGCUGGCGAGGAACAAGGCGGCAGCGACAGCCGUUCGCUGCCGUCCCCAGACGAGCGAUAGCCGAGGGGCCGGACCACGGAGGCAAGCAUGAGCGUGCCCGCGCAGCCGUGAGCCAGGAUGCCGCCGAGACCGCCGCCUGGCCGGGGCCCGUCUCCGCGGGGCUUUCCGCUGCGGGGCCCGCCACCGCGUGGCGUCAGUCCCGGCCGUGGAGGCCGGGGUAGCCCGGGCCGCGGAACUCCGGGACGCGGCGCGGCCACCCCGCCCGAUGCGCCGCCGCCGCCGCCGCCGCCGCCCCCGCCGCCUCCGGUGAGCGAGCAGAAGAAGAUGUUCCAGGACCUGAUGGCCAAGAAGGUGGCCGAGUGGGAUCGCAUGAUGGACACCACCAAGAACGAGGAACGUGGCCUGAGCUUCGACCAGUUCCGCAAGCUGAGCGACGAAGAAGUCGACCUAGCCAGGAGAACCGUCUCCAAGAACAGGCUGAAGGAGUUCAUCGACCUCAAAAUCCAGUACUUCGACCAGCUGGCCGGCGAGUCCACCCCGCAACACAGGGGCGAGGGGCUCCGGAAGUUCAAGCAGGUGUGCGAGAGCGAACUGGAGUUAGCCAAAUCGGUCGGACCAAAAGUGUUUCUCGAAGAGGCCGAGGCGGAAGCCGCGCUGGCAAAGAAGCAAGCGCAGGAAGACGAAAAAAAGGAGGAAGAAAAGAAGAAGAAGAAUAAAGAAGAAGAAGAGAAGAAGGCGAAAGAAGAAGAAGAAGAGAAGAAGAAGAAAAAAGAGGAAGAAGGCAAAGCGGCGAGAGAAUCCCAGUAUCAGCAUCACGUCCAAGCGCAAGCCAUGUACGGAAUGCAAGCCAUGAUGCCUCGGAUUAUGCCUGGCAUGCGUCCCCGCAAUAUGCCGUUCCCCAUGACUCCAGAGCAAAUGCGAGCGCUGAUGAUGACUUCGGGUGGCCAAGCGGCGUCCACGAGUCGCAUGUUCUCCCCCUCAGGCAUGCAGGGAAUGCACGACGGUAUGGGCCCUAUGACUCAAGGGUCUCACAUUGCAAGUGAACACAAACCUCUCACAGCGGAGGAAUUGGCAGCUCUUUAUGACGCUGACGGCACCAUGCAGUUCAUCAAGGCACCGGGCCAGUACCCGUCCAGGCUUCCUUCCAAGUCCUCCACGGCCGAUCUAAGAGCCACCGACAAAGAAAAAGAUUUCAAGGUCGCCGAUAUUGACCAAAAGCUGAAGCUACUUACUCAGCUGGAAUCAGCGAGGGGUGUUUUGCAGAACCAUUACCCGCCUGAUUCAAGCACGAGCAUGGCCGACGAAGUGAGGAACCGACUGCGCAAGAUAAACCGGCUGCAGAUGAAGGUGAUAGACGAAAUACUUGGAAGCAAAGCGGACCUGACGUCAGAAAUUGUGUCCGACCUUCGGCCAGAAAAACAGGAACGGGAAAAGUUUGAUGACCCGAGAAAAGGUGCUAUGAAAGGGAAGAAGGGGAAGCUUCAUAAGGAGUCGAAAAAAAUAAUUGUGGAGCUACCUGACUACAGUGAAGCCAAUACACAUGUUGUGACCGCCUCGAUAUCUCGGUUUGAUGCUCAGGGCAUAUGCACAGGGACUACAGACCUCUGCCCCAUGCCAGAAGAGUCCCGUCCCGAAGUCCUUUGGGAGAGGCCCCCUGACAGGAGGAGCAUGGCUGGUCCUCCCUGUGACGACUACGGUCCACCGCCGGACACAGGCCAACACUGUAUUCAUUACGAACAGCAUAUCGACUUCUUCCCAGACAAUGCGCCUCACUACCACGAACAGAUGCCGCCGCCGCCUGAAGACGUGUACUAUCCGCAGCCAGCGUUCUCCACCCCUACCUACUCCGUGCUGCAGUCGCAGUGCUUCACGCCGCCUCCUAGCUUGCCUUUGGAAUUCGACAUAAUCGCACAAGGAAAUUUCAGUUUCGCUCGCGAGGCCAUCGACGUGGGCGUCGAAGCAGAGGAUCUAUUCCCAGAAGACCUGUACGACGACGACGACGAGGAACCUCAGCUCCCGCCUCCGUCUAGCAAGCCCCAGAUGCUCUCCAAGACAACCAUCAUCGUUAACAGGCCCGAGCAAGGCGUGCAAACCGAAAUAGUCCAGCCGGCGGAGCAGUUGCAAAUGCAGCAAAUUUCCAUGCAGUCGGCACAACCUUUGCAGAUGGCGGCAAUACAGACGGCAGCUGCAUCGGAGCAGCGGCCGGCUCCGCCUCCGUCGCCACAAAUUCACGUGCAAACUGUCGAGCCGAAGCAGAGCUCGUCGAGUGACACACGCUUCGCCAAAAGCUGCGAGGAGAGUCUGCAGAGAAUUGCCAACUCGGUCGAUGACAUCCUCAACUCACUGAGUUCUCUGUCGUCCGACUACGCCCAGGGCGCAGGGCGGCGUCAGGGCCGCUACGAUGACGACUACUAUGAUGACGACCCGUCUUACGACGAGUACGACGACUACUCAGAGUCCGACGAUCCACCUCCUCGCCGCCAGAGUCGAAGAUCCAAGUCUUCGGGUAGGCGUCGCACCAGUGCCGUCAAUAAAGAGAGUCCUUCACUUUGGGGCUGGCUCUGCCGUAGCGUCCGUACCAUCAGGGAGGGCUCACCGUCUAGUGCGAACCAGAACGAUUCGCAGAUCGUUCAAGUGGCGAACCGCAUCCGUGAGCUGGUGCAGAGGGUCAUCCAGGCCUCCAACGAGGUCAUCGUGGCUCGCAAGGCGAUCCAACAGGGUGGGCUACAAGGGCAGAUCGCCAUGCAGAACGUGUUCGAAGCCGAAAACAAACUGUGGCAAUUGAUCAACCUCGAGGGCCAGCUGGCCAACGAGCUGGCCCAGUACAGAACGCUUGACACCACUUCGGACAAGGCGUACUUCGACAGCCUCAUACAGGCGGAAGACAAGAUCAGGCGCUUGAUACAGGUUGAAACGCAGCUGGCGAAUGAGAUUGGAGCUUGGCGCCAGAUGUCGCAGCAGAUGCCUCAGGCGACAUCCUAUACACGCACAACUAUGUACAAGGUUCCGGGAAACGUUUGCAGCACUUCAACGUCUGCGACGCCAACCGGCCUUCUGUCGCCCUCCUCGAGUUCAACAGGCUACACGUCAUAAAUUGCUUGCAGUUAUUCUUAA